AUGCGAGUUCAGGAUCUAGCCGAAGAGUGUGCGUCUCACAGGCUGGAGUUCCAUCAGCGUUUGGACCAAAUUUCUGAGUCGAUUGAAGCACGGUUCGCAGCGAUUGAUGCAAGGUUGAGGGAUUUCAUGUCCCAUAGCCCACCGACGACGUCGCAUGAAUCUCUGAAUCGUCCACAUGUGCCGUUUGAUUUGCACGAUCAGCGUUCAGCUUUGAAAUCUAUGAAGUUGGAGAUUCCCAUCUUUCUAGGUCAUGACCCAAAUAAUUGGAUCUUUCGCACAGAGUCUUACUUCAGGAUGCAUCAGGUUCCUGACAACCUCAAAAGGCAAUUAGCGGGUCUGAGGAUGGAGGGUUCAGCGGGUCCGUGGUUUCAAUGGGUUUUCAGUAGCGGAACGGUGCAGAUUUGGGAGGAGUUUGUCAAAGCAGUUCGUGAGCGUUUUGGUGACCCAGAUCAUAGAGAUUCGAGGGGAGUUCUUUCUAAACUGACUCAAACAGGAUCCUUGCAAGAUUACAUGCGAGAAUUUGAAAGAUUGAUGAAUCAAGUUACGGGGAUGAAUGAUGAUCUUUUGAUGACAAUUUUUGUGUCAGGAUUACAACCUGAAAUAAGGGGAGCCAUUGAACUUCAUUGGCCAACAACUUUGCACCAGGCAAUGAGAUUAGCCUUGGCGUACAGUGCUCACCAUGCAGAGCUUCGUUCAUCAUUUCAUACCAGUCAAAAGAAAUCUUUUGUUCGUUCUAAUUCACAGACGAAUUAUACUGUUACUCAGCCACCAGAUAUGCAGACCACUUCUAAUGGGUCAUCUGUGCCUUCGUUGCCACCGAUUAGUUCAAUCCCAGCCUUACCUUCAACAGAGACGUCAACUACACGUUUACCGGUUAGACGUCUGUCGAAUGAAGAUCUUCAGCGAAAGAGGGACUUAGGUAUUUGUUACACCUGUGAUGAAAGAUGGACUUCUAAGCAUAGAUGCAAGGCAAAAAUGUUACUGCUUAUUGGGGAACCUGAAGAUACCCAGAUGGAACAAGAGGAGGAGAUAGUUUGGGGCAUGGAGCAGAGGAAUGAGUCUCGAGUUGAUGCUGCGCUCCAUUCCUUGUCAGGUACAGGUAACCCCCGCUCACUUCAAUUGUUAGCUAGUUUGAAAGGUAAGAAGGUUGAGGUGUUGGUAGAUUCUGGGAGCUCACAUAAUUUUGUCAGACAUCAGUUUGUUGAUGAAUUGCAACUUCCUAUUAUUCGUAUCAGUAAAAUGAGGGUGUUCAUGGGGAAUGGUGAUUUCUUACUUUGUAAUGCUAAGUGUCCAAAUGUUAAACUUAGUAUUCAGGGUCAGGAAUUCACAGUGGACUUAUGGGUGGUGGAUUUAAAUCUCUUAAUUGUGGUUUUGGGCAUGCAGUGGCUUAGCCAACUAGGCAGGGUAACCCACGAUUAUGCUGGAAUGUCCAUGGAAUUUGCUCAUAAAGGAAGUCAAGUUAAAUUGGUGGGUUUGCAGCAAUCUGGAGUACCGAAUGAGAGUUUACCAAGUGAGGCUUCUUGUUGUCUGUUGUCUCAACAAGUAAUGGGGAAAGAUUUGGAACAGGUACCAUCUGAAUUACUAAAAUUAAAGGAUGUUGUAUCUCCUUUAUUAUGGCCUAUACUAUUGAAAUUUAAGGCUGUAUUUGAUAUGCCUUCUUCAUUACCUCCUGCCCGAGACAUGGAUCACAUGAUUGUUCUGUUGGAAGGGUCCAAACCGGUGAAUGUGAAACCGUAUCGAUACCCAUACCAUCAGAAAGAAGAGAUUGAAAAGCAAAUUUGUACACUGUUGGCAGCUGGUCACAUUCAACAUAGCAGAAGUUCAUUCUCCUCACCAGUUUUACUAGUCAAGAAACAAGACGCAACAUGGCGAAUGUGUAUUGACUAUAGAGCUCUUAAUGCUAUUACUGUUAGAGAUCAGUUUCCAAUUCCAACCAUAGACGAGCUCUUGGAUGAAUUGUUGGGAGCUACCAUUUUUAGCAAACUUGAUUUGCGAAGUGGCUAUCAUCAAAUACGUAUGAGACCCGAGGAUGUGUACAAGACGGCGUUCAGAACACAUGAGGGCCAUUAUGAGUUUUGUGUGAUGCCAUUUGGCCUCACCAACGCCCCAGCCACGUUUCAAGCAGCGAUGAACAAGAUAUUUCGGCCAUUUUUGAGAAAAUUUGUUGUAGUUUUCUUUGAUGAUGUGUUGAUAUAUAGUGCAAAGCUCGAAGAUCAUGAACAACAUCUCUAG